AUGGAGAUUUCAAAAAUCACUUCACCAGAUGAUUGGGAAUAUUUUGCUAAGGGAGCUGCUAAUAUUUUGUUCAAAUAUACUGGAAAUAACGAUUAUUUGAAACGCAAAUUAUUGAGAUUACGAUUACUCAAACAAGAAGAAGAAUAUAUAUCCACAUGUGAAUUAUAUGAUUUCAUCGAAUUGAGAUGUAAAGAUUUAUUUCCCAAUCAAAUUAUUGAUAUCCAAUUAACAGUUUUGGAUUCGAAUUUUACUAAUAAGUUGAAUAGUCAAGGAAAUAAAUUGAUGUUGAAUGAAAGAUAUGGGUUAUUGUUACCUAAUAUAUUGGAUGGCGAUUAUAGAAAGAUUUCCUUACUGCACAAAUGCCAACUAUACUUCAAUGACAACCACCAAGAUAUCAAUUCCGUGAUUUUUGAAAUUAAGCCAAAAUGGUUAUACGAUAAUUACACCGAUAAUUAUUGUCGAACUUGUUCUUUAAAUCAAUUGAAAAAAGUUCCAAGACAUUUUUGUCCCUUGGAUUUAUUAUAUACUGAAACUAUUGAUCAAGGUUUGAAUGAUUUGUUUGCACCAAUCCCGCAAGAUAUAUAUGCCAAAAUUGAAAAAUUGAUCCCUUUAAAGAAAUUAACAACAAUCUAUUUCAAUAAUCCCGAUAAUGUUUUUCAAAAGUUAAAGCAAUACCAAAAAAUUAAUAAUAAAAACGAUCUAAUUAAGAACUUGACGUCUUCUAGUGAUGUGUCUCAGAACCUAUCCUUGGUGAUGACAUUAAGAGACGUUGGGUUGUUUAUCAAAAUUGAGAAAUUUGAUAAAAACAACCAUAUUCACACGUCGCACAACAACAUUAAAAAUGUUUAUCGUAUAAAUGAUAAUGAACUGAAUGGGACUAAAGAUCAAGAUCAAGAGAUUGGAACAAACGAUCAAGAAGAUAAUGAUGAAAAGUUUUUAAUCACGUGUAAUAUUUAUGAUUUGGAUUUGAAAUCGAAAAUGAAAUAUAAACAUUGGUUAAAAGUUGAAAAUGAUUUGCAAGAAAUUUACAAUAGUUCCAACCCUAAUUGGAGAUACUGUAUUAAGUAUGAUCAAAUUCAACAUUAA